GUCCGGACGCUUUAUUUUGCUUAAUUUAUUUUCUAAUGUUGAUGCUCACUAACAGUAGGAGUCAAUGCACUCGUUACAAACCUAAACUUCACAUUUCAUCCACUUUUGUGAGAUCACUCUCCUGUAAGCUUCCUGUAGUGGCACUCAGUCAGGUGACGUUGCUAACCUUCUCUUGUCAGUGAGUGCUAACUUCCUAGUUUGUCUUCUGUGUGUAUGUUGCUGGAGGAAGAACAGCGGCAGCGGGGGCAAUGGUUCAGUGAGGAGCCGAAUCGAACUCAGGAGCCGCGCUGCUCCUUUAGCCGCAGCGCAGUCUCUCUGUCUGGGGCUGCCCCGGCGGCUGGGACACAGAGAUCGAGGAGACACCGAGGUGGGGGGGUGGGAGCCGCACCGAGAUGCCGUAACCAUGGACUGUAGAUUGAAAGAGAGCCCAGAAAGAACCUUUGAUCUGGUAUUCAAAGUGACUUGCCCAGCUUCCGACAAUGAAGAUCCAGUGGUUGUGUGGAAGUUCCCAAAGGAUUUCAGAGACCAGGAAGUGCUACAGACUGUGCCGAAGUUUUGCUUUCCUUUUGAUGUUGAAAGGGCUUCACAGAGUCAAGUGGGACAACACUUCACUUUUGUGCUUACAGACAUUGAAAGCAAACAGAGGUUCGGUUUCUGUCGCUUAACCUCAGGAUGUAGAGUCUGCAUCUGUAUCCUCAGCUAUUUGCCUUGGUUUGAAGUUUACUACAAGCUACUGAAUACAUUGGCAGAUCUUUUAGUUAAGGAGCAGGAAAAUGACUUGAAUGAUAUUUUAAAGACUUUGUACGAGCACGAUGUACCAGUGCCAAAUACUCCUGUCAAUCUCAGUCUGAACCAACAGAUAUGCAUUAGAAGUGGACAACUGAAAAACCUGCCAAAACGGGGUUUGCGAUCAUACUUCAUUACUCCUGAUACAAGUGGACUGCCCACAAUACCUGAAAGUAGAAACAUGACUGAAUAUUUUGUCGCUGUGGAUGUCAACAACAUGUUGCAACUUUAUGCCAGUAUGCUGCACGAACGACGUAUUAUUAUUACCUCCAGUAAACUUAGCACUUUAACGGCUUGUGUUCAUGCAUCAGCUGCCAUGCUUUAUCCAAUGUACUGGCAGCAUAUUUACAUCCCAGUGCUCCCUCCCCACCUGCUGGACUAUUGCUGUGCCCCAAUGCCCUAUCUUGUUGGAGUUCACUUGAGCUUAAUGGAUAAGGUGAAGAAUAAAGCUGAUGAAGAUGUAAUCAUAUUAAACGUAGACACAAACACACUGGAAACACCAUUUGAUGACCUUCACAACCUACCAAGUGAAGUGGUCUCAUCCUUGAAAUACAAACUGAAGAAGCAGUCAACAGCUACUGGUGAUGGGGUAGCAAGGGCUUUUCUUAAAGCACAGGCAGCACUAUUUGGCUCCUAUAGAGAUGCACUCCGUUAUAAACCUGGAGAGCCAAUCACAUUUUGCGAAGAGAGCUACGUUGCACAUCGGUCCAGCACUAUGAAACAGUUUCUUCAAAAUGCAGUACAGCUUCAGCUCUUCAAACAGUUUAUCGACGGGAGGUUGGAAAAGUUAAAUUCAGGGAAAGGAUUUUCUGAUGUUUUCGAAGAUGAGAUAACUGUGGGAGGCUAUAGUGGAGGAAAUUCAAAAUCUUACCAGCAAUGGAUGCACACAGUCAAGAAAGGUGGAGCUUUGAUAAAUACAGUGAUGACGAAAGCCAAUCCUGCCAUGAAGACAGCAUACAAAUUUGCUAAGAACCAAGCUAAGAUGGGGAUCAAAGAAGUGAAGAGCAUGUUAAAACAGAAGGAAUCAACUGAAGAAGAAGACUUGCAUCAUAACGAAAGUCUAUCUCCAAACCUGCAAAGACGAUCAAACUCUGAUCUAUUACAGAACCGUCUUCCAGCCACUAAACGCAAACGGAUUCGCCCUCAACGAUCAUCACACGCUGGGAUUGUUUCGCCACUGGAUGUUGAUGAGACAGACAGAGCAAGCAAGAUAUCAUCUGAAGACAGUGGAGAUGUAUGUGCCUAUAUCGAUGACAGUGAUGAUUCUGAACAGACCGAACAAGAGGCACAGUCUCCAGGACAGAUGGAUCUAUUAGGGGAGAUCCUAGAUACCCUCAGUACAAACAGUUCAGAUCAAGGAAAGCUGUGUAGUGCAAAAAGCCUGGAUUUCUUCAAGUCAAUGGAUGAUCUCAGUUACAAAGCUGUAAACAAGUCCAAUACUCCAAGUGAAGGAAACCUUUCUGAAUUCAGUGAACGAUAUGGUGAUCAUCUGAGUUGGCACUUGGGACAAGAUGAUACUGUUGUCCAUAGGCGGCCCCUUCCGCCAUCUCCCAGAAAAUCAUUUUAUGUUACUGAAUGUCCACUCACCUUUGAAGCUUCACCUUAUGAAAGCUCCAAUGUGUUUGUCGAUGAGUUGACACAUUUUCCUAAACUCAAGAGUGACUCAACUUUUAAAACUUCAGUGGCAACAAUUGCCUCCAGCCGAGAAUCAAAUCCAAAGCAAAAAAGUUCAGCCGAAUUAAAGGAGUCAAAACGAACACUAACCAGUGAAGACGGUACUUGUGAAGAGCCGCGUCAAAAUACAGCAAGACAAACAUCCGUUUUAAUCCCCUGGGAGAAAGAAGAUUUUGAGGCUGAAUUGAUAAGGCCAAGUGAAAUAGAUUUACUCCAAGAAAUUGACUGUUUAUGUUCCAGAUUUGGAACGAGUCACAGUGUUUCCAGUAUUGAUGCUUCCACCUCCAAUACUUAGAAUUAAGUGCGCAGGUACAGGAGUUUUCUAAGCUUCGAUUCAUUCAAAGAACUAUUUAAGAAACUGAAAAAUUGAGAGUGAUACCGCAGUAACUAAAGGCAUUCUUGACAUUUUUAAGUGCAAAAGAAGUGAACUGUAUUAUGCAAAAUCAAAUAUAGAUUUUUCUUUCAAAUUUAAAUUUUAAUACACUGCUAAAGUGGACUAUUGGAAACAUUGCUGCUUUAUACACUUGGGCUUAACAUUUGACUACACAUUGUUGCGUGGAAUGGAGGUACUGAUUUGACAAACAGCAAUCACGAAUGCAUGCACACAACAAAAGUUUAAUUUAAGCUGUUGUCAGCUGAAACAUAAUCAAUUUUAAGUAUGAGACAAGAAAUAAAUUUAUGUUUCUACAUCACAUGGGGAGAUUGAAAUGUUGUUGUCAGUGAGAUUUCCCUGCAUUAUUCCACCCAAAAGAGGGUAACAAGGCAAAUGCCUUGUGGUGUUUAAAUUCUUGCAUGCUAUACAUAAAAUACCUUAUAUAGUAUUGAAUGGAUGAGAUGGCAUUGUCUGAAUUUACAAUUACUUGAGGAGGGUACAAUGGUACUACUCUCUGAGAAUCCUUACAUUUCAAGUCCUCCUCAAAUCUCCUGGUUCAUCUGUAUAAAUCUGCAAGCAAUCUGUUUAAUCAUUCUGAAAUGUUUAAACCCUCCACUCAUUUUUUUCUUUCACCCAUGUCUAUAAAUGAUAUAUGCAGUAAAUUAAUGCCAAAUAAUCAAAGGUACUGCCUUAAAAUUACAAGUCAUAGUCCUCUGACAUCAUUAUGUAGCAUCUUUCUGAAUUUCUUUAGACCACUUUAGACCACUGUCACAGAAAUAAAGAUUCUUUAGUGUCUAAAUAGUGUAAUCCUGAAAAUGCUUGAAAACAUGUCACUAGGCAAUAAUUAUCAAGAAUGGCAAUGCAAACUGUGGUUUAUAAAGGGACAAUAGAAGUCUCUAUGGAGAUAAUGCUGUAUUUGAUUUAAUCAGCAGUCUGUUAGUACCAAUGAGUAUUCAAUCCACGUCUUCCUGAAAGAAGUUGAAUUGUGUUUGUUACCUUCAACCCCAUAAAUGAUAGCUCAUUUGAACCUUUCUUGAGCGAUAAUUUUUCAACAAAACAGUUUUUAUGAGAAGUGAGUCAGCUUUCUUGAGACUUUCUUUGAGAAUUUUGGCCGAACAUAAAAUACAAUUGUUAACAUUUUGAUAAAUUGUAAGUGUUAUCAAUUUUCUAUGUACCCUUGCUGUAAAGUGUUUUCUUUUUGUAUUGAACAAAUGUGCACAAAAGCUGUAAAUGUUAAUAGUGAAAUAUUGCUGUGUUUUAGAAUGUGACUGUAAUAGGACUGGUGUAAUGUAAAUGGCAACUAACACUGGGAUAUAAAGAGGAAGAAGGACAGGCUGUUGGUAUUCUUGUUUCAUUAAUGGUACUUAAGUCUGUAUAAACAGGAUAAUGAAUAUGUGGAUAGAUGGCAACAUACACAAAUCUGAUGUUUCCAGUAACAUGUGCUACACUAAUGUUUAAUAAUUUAAAAUCUUUAGAUAACAUUUGGUUACUUGAUGAUUACUUUAAAUAAGACACCAUUUUGCACUCUAUUUUGUUACUGGAGGCAUUGCUAUUGGUUCUUUGUUCCUCUAUCCUUUUUCUUAAAACUGGAUGUUAUUAAAGGACUGUUUCUGUCAUUCAGAGACACGUGUAUAAAAAUACUUUAGUUCUUUUUCAGGCAUUUAAAAUACCUGAAACAUCACUGUGGCAAAGGCUCAAACAUGUGCCUUAAUGGAAACAAAUUGGUACUUCAUUUUACCUUGGAAAUGAUAACGUAUUGGUUCGAAACUAAGCAUAUAAUGUGCAUGAAAAGAUAGCACAUACUUGAUGUAUCAAGUUGCAACAUUGCUGUUGCAUUAUUUAGGCUGUAUAUCAAAACUGAAAAUCAGCAGGAUAAUCCUAUUUGAUAUACCUCAGACUUCCAAAAAAAAACUCAAAUUGAGCUGAGUUGUGUUUUAAAUUCUCUCUUGUCAAUUCAACUACUCUUAUUGUUGUCCUUGGUUUAGAUAUUGCAAAUAAUUUAAAAAGCAGCCUCUUUGCUUUUGUCUUUUUUAGAAUAACUCUGUGCAAUAUGAAUUCGAGAUACUCAUUUUAUAUUUGAGAUGUUGCUUUCAAGUUAAAUCUUUGCACCAAGCUUUUUUGAAUAAUAAAUUUUAAUGUGGAAUACAGAGAAGCCCUUAAAAUGCAUCUGGGUUGAGUUAACCAUCAAAACUUGCUCGAUGCCAAGUGCAAAGUUAAGUAACAUGAUCAGGAGAUCAUUGUGAAUAAAGAUUGCUGUGGAAUUAAAUUUUCUCUUUUAGUGCUUUUUUUUAUUUUCCAGUCUCUGUCUUUAACAUUUUGUUUGGUCAGAAGUCCACUCUGACCUUAAUGCUCUGUAGUUUAUAUAAUUUUCAUAAUUUAGAGUGCACUUUUUCUGUAUGCAUUUUGUUAACCUAAUGAAUGGCUUACAUCAGAAACAUUUACGUGUUAAUUGUUAAAAAUUGAAUGUUGCCAUUACCUGUUGCUUGCAAAAUGUAUAUAUGCAUGUUCAGUAAAAUAAGUGACUUGCAUGUUUAAUUUAUGCAAAAAAUUAUAUGUUCAUUUAAGCAUUUAGUUAACACACUUAGUAUCCAUGAAUCACUAACCAAUUCAACUUAAUAUAAUACAUUUAAGUUUCCCUAACCUAUCAAAAUGUUGUAAAUAGUAAGCAUUUUGUUGCUUAGAUUCCUCCAUGUUAAUGCAUUUUAACUGUGUCCCACUUGAAUUUGGCUUUUUUUGUGCAUCUUGUCAUCUUGCUGUUUGUUUUAAAAGUCCAACAGAAUUGGCAGUAAUUUGACUUUUAAAGCACCAAGUCACUGUUAAGACUAAUCUGCAGAAGUGUCAUUGGUAUCAAUUUUAAUUUCAGCAUUCAUUGCGGAGGAUCAUUUAUAGAGGCCAUCCAUUUUUAACUAGGUUAACACAAGCUAUAUUCCACAGCAUCUUACCCUAUUAGUGGCGUUAACUUGCCUUUCUGAUUCAAAAUGUACGGAGAAAGUUGGACUUUCUGCUUUCUAGUUGAAUCUGCAUUUCCAACUGACCCAGAUUUUGAUGUACAAAUUCCAAAUUAAGCUGCUGGCAUAUAUGUUCAACAAAGCAUUUUUGUGACAAUUAUGUGAGCACUGUACCAAUUAAGGAUGUAACUGUUUAAAAUGAAACCCAGUGACCAUUUCACCAGAGUGACAAAUUAGGAUACUUGAUGUUUUUGGCUAACCUGAUGUUUUGAUGGUUCUCCAUACUGCUGUAAAAUAUCUAGAGAAAUUGUCAAAAAAAUUGAAUAAAGUUAUUCUUCAGACUUUGCAGAGCUGUGCUUUGCCUUUGCCGAACAAUAAAGUUUCAAUUUUAUGUUGA